AUGAAGCUUGAAGUUGAAAAAGAACUACAAGAUUUGGGUUCUCAACUACAACAAACAGAAAUAGUGGCUAAAGAGUCCAUACAGAGCUUGAACAUUGAGGAGGACAGUGUAAAAGAAUUGGAAGCAAAGAAUAUGGAAAUUGAUUCUAAGGCACUUGAGCUAGAAAAUAACCUCAAGAAAUUGUCGGAACGAAAAAGUGAACUGGAGCAUGAGGUUACCUCAAUAACUACCAAGCUUUCUCGGUUAAAACACAACAGACAGCUAUCAACAGCCAGAUUUGAGGUGGAUAUGUUCAAAGAGAUGCAGUGUUCAAUGGAAAUCAACUCUAAAUUAGCUCUCACAGAAGAACGCUUUUACAAACACCAAAGUAUGAAAUUUACUAAUUUGCUGAAAGAACUUUGCGAGUCCUUGGAAAUUCAAGUAUCAAGAAAUUUUAGCAUUCUUCAGAAGAUGAUUCAUUUGUAUGCAGUCAUGAAAGUAAUCUGUGUCAUUGAAACUAUGUCAGACAAUCCUAUCAUUACUAUUUAUGCUGAGAAGCAACUUGAUUUAUUUGAAGAUAUGAAGACCAUAAUGCGCAAGACAGCUCCAGACGAUGUGGUGAACGCAACUUUAACUAGAGUGCAUCAAAUGCGCCCAAUGCUCUUGUUCUUUUCCAAAUUGUUUGAUCAUGACUGCAUGAAGUACCACACAGGCACUUGGAGACAAAGUUUGGACAACUUGGACGAACUGAAGCAUGCCAAUGUGAAAUUUAAAUAUGUUGAGAAGAGGCUCAUAUCGAUCCUAGAUGCACUUUUGGAAAAGACCCAUUUAGAUGUAAAAUCUAUUUUUUCGCAACACGACGACUAUCACAAUGACUCCACCAUCUGCUCCUGUCUCGAUCCUUUAUUACAUGAUAACAUGCACAGUUUAGAUGGAGAAAAAACAAAAGAGAUAUUCUCUAAAAUGAUAAAUCUGGGUGAGCCAGACGAAACUUGUUUAGAAACUGUGUUUAAGGAAAUCCAAUUGCACGCUAAGAAAGUAUUGGAAACCUACUUCCUCAAUGACACCUCCAACAACAAAUUGUUGUCUAAAAUGGAAAAAAUCUCAAAAUUUAUUUGCGACAAGGAGAAUCUUGAUAUUGCUCAAGAAGAUGAAAAGUUAAAACGAAAGGUUGCAAUGAUCAAGAAAGAGAAAGAAAGAUCAUCAGAAAUGCAAAGAAAAUUGGAAAUUAUUGAAAAAAAGAAUUCAAAUCAAGACAUGUCACUGAGCCCUGCCGCUGUCAGUCGCGAGCCAGGGCAAGCAACCUCCCUUCCUUUUAUUAAGCUAGAUGAAAAAACUGCAGAAAUUGUGGAUGAAGAAAGAAAAAUCAAACAGAAAACUUCCACAUUUUCUCCCAGUAGCCUGUUAUCGAAAUUUGAGAGCAGAAAGUCUCCCCAAAAUUAA